CCCGUGUUUUACAGGGAUAUCAUGUCCAUUUAUAAGGAGCCGCCCCCUGGAAUGUUCGUUGUGCCCGAUCCCCAUGACAUGACUAAGAUUCAUGCAUUGAUCACAGGCCCAUUUGACACGCCUUAUGAAGGGGGUUUCUUCUUGUUCCUGUUUCGCUGUCCUCCAGAUUAUCCCAUCCACCCACCAAGGGUCAAAUUGAUGACAACAGGGAAUAACACAGUGAGGUUUAACCCCAACUUCUACCGCAAUGGGAAAGUCUGCCUGAGUAUUCUGGGCACUUGGACUGGACCUGCUUGGAGCCCAGCACAGAGCAUCUCUUCAGUGCUCAUCUCCAUACAGUCUUUGAUGACUGAGAACCCCUAUCACAAUGAACCUGGCUUUGAGCAGGAGAGGCACCCUGGAGAUAGCAAAAAUUAUAAUGAAUGCAUUCGGCAUGAGACCAUUCGAGUAGCUGUGUGCGACAUGCUGGAAGGAAAGUGCCUUUGUCCUGAACCUUUACGGGGAGUAAUGGAGAAGUCCUUCAUGGAGUACUAUGACUUCUAUGAAGGAGUGUGCAAAGAAAGGCUUUACCUCCAAGGACAAACAAUGCAGGAUCCUUUUGGUGAGAAACGAGGCCACUUUGACUACCAAUCCCUCUUAAUCCGUUUGCAAGGAAUUCGGCUUAAAGUGCAAGAGAAACACCAGCAGGAGAAUGCAGAAAUAGACUCUGACAGCAGCUCCUCCGAGACAGAGACAGAUGCUCAUGGGUGCUCCAAGGCUUAGAGCUCUGUAGAUAAUUGAGAAACCCAGACCUGGAGAUGUUCAGUCUUCAAACUCUAGGAUACACCCAACGGACUUGAACCAAACCAAUCCCAGAGUGGACAGAACUGAGGGAGCUCAUCAGUCUCCUUUUGAACACUCUGAUGGAUAUAGUUGAAAGAGAAGACUUCAUGCUAGACAAAGCCAAGCUUGAGACAGGCUACUCUUAAAGGUACUUACUAUGCUAGAAAGCUGGAGCAUGUGGCAUCAGGUUAUUUUUGGAAACUCCUACACUGGGUUAUUUUUUGUUUUCUUUACUCAAUUAAAAGAAAGAGAUCUAGAAUGCAACUCCUUUUUACAGCUUUUCUGUACUUAAAUAUACAGCAUGCCCUUCCCUGGUGCUACGCUGAACUCUUAAGGACCAGAGCUGUAGGAGCACUUUGGAGUCUAUUACUAUGAAGCCCUCGCUGCUUGCCCAGGUGUGACUUCCCAAUUGAGGAGUGGUGGGUGUAACUCAUGCUUCACUCAAGCCCGCAUACCUGCCAAUGUCACUGUUUUAGACAGACCAAAGACAAAGAACAGUGGUAGAAUCUGGGCUUCUUUCAGAAAGCAUUUAUCCACCUUCCUAGGUGGUUUUCUUUGGCUAGACUUCAGGGAGAAGGGGGAGAGUAGUACAUUUAACCAAUCAAGUACAGGUGUAUUUACCCUGAAAUUCGGGGGAGAAAAAAAUCAUUGGUUCUUAAAAACACUUAGAAGUCUAGUUAAUCUUUUUGAGGUUAAAAUCUGCAGGGAAUGUUAUAUUCCAGCUCCUCAGAAACAGAAACAUUCUUUUCAAUUGUUUUGCUUUUCAGUCCCCAUAGUCAAUGUAUUUCUUUCUGCUAACGUUUUGGAGAAAUAAGCCUUGUUAGUAACAAUAUUCCCCUUGCCAAACUUGGCCAGUAGCAAUGAGUAAGUAUGGCUUAUGUUUUAAUGCUUUGACGGUUUUGUUUUAAGAGCAGAUUUUGAGCAAUUCAAACCUCUUGGGAGAGGUGUGUACUAGCUCUGAGUGCCAUUGCAUAAAGGAUAUAUUCAAAGCAACUUGCAUGGAGAUGAAACACCCUGUUCAAUCAGAGAAGCCUGAUGGGCAAAUGAGAUGGGAAGAUACUGUAUUGAUGAUGGGCUUAAUCUUGAGGGAUGGGGCAAGGAGUUAAUGAGAGCAUUUAUUGAAAGUUAAGCAUGUAGUUGCACACUGUCAUGUCCAAAAAAAACCCUUUGUGGAAAUCCCCUCUGUGGCAUCGUCAUACUAUCCAGUUCAGUCAACUGUGUUCAAAAGAAAUUGCCUUUCUGUAGAUCAAACUGCAGUUUCUCAGUGUCCGCUGUGUUGGUGAGUAUUUUCAAUAAAGAUGGUUUAUGUAGCUAUCACUAUUACAUGCUUCAGAAGCCUGCAUACCACUGGUCUGAGAAGCUGAAAGAUGGAAACAUUCCUGAAUUAAGGUGCCACCUAAUGCUUAGGAACUUUUUCCUUUAGAAAAGAAACUCCCUAGGGUGUGUCAUUGAUAUGGAGUAGAACUAAAACAGUUUUCCCUUAAGGGAAAAGUUAAUUUAGGAAUCACUUGACAUGCACACCCAAUGGAAGUAAAGCUGUGUAUACCUGACUGCAAGAUUUUAUGGAGGCAAAUGAGCCUUCCCAGAAGUAGUGAGCUGGGGGAGUAGUGAGCUGCGUGCUACAUUGCUACAUUUAAUGCCUCUUUAAUCCCAUUGUAAAUCUCAUGUUUUCUCCAUUCAGUGUCAUCCUGACUUUACACUGAGGUAGAGCUGGGACUCUGAUGCCUUCACAAGGCAGAUCUGGGUCAGAAGUCUCUUAUGUGGUGCAUGUGGCAUUACCAUCUACACAAAAAUGAUGAAACAAGAAAAUGCCUUAUUGUGGACACUAUUCACACAAUUAGCAUGUGGCUGUAAAUGAGAAGUAUUAGUUUUAUAGCUCUAAUGUUGUCUGUCCUACCAUUUCUGAAUGUUUCCAUUUCAACAUGACAAUCCUCAAUGACUGCUCUAGGCAGAGAUGUUUUAGUAACAGACUUUUUGACCUAACGAGUUGAAGAUAUAUGCACAAGAGUCACUAUAAGAUACCUUGUUUAUAUACAAUUGUACAUAAGAUUUUUUUGUGCAAUAAAGUUUGUUUUGGCAGAAUCUAAGCUGUUGUACUUCCAU